AUGGUGGUUUUACAUUAUUAUCAAAGGCCCAGCGAGGCCGACAGUGGCCUCAACAAUCUCCUGCUGUCUGCCCAAACUAUCUUAGGCGAUGGCGUCCAAGCGGUCCAGAAGGAACUGUGUUUCAACGUCAACUGGACAGGAAAGACUCUCCCGAGCAUCCGGGAGAUGGAAAUGUUGCAGUGGGUUUUUGGCUGUCCAUUCGAAAAAGGCGACAUUGCACCCAAAUCUUUUCUCAGUCCACGCCCCUCUGAUCUCCUGGUAGAAUUCGGUCCAAGGUUGAAUUUUUCGACUGCCUAUUCCACCAAUGCUGUCUCCGUGUGCCUGGCGGCUGGGUUGGAAAAUAUUGACCGAGUUGAGUGUUCCCGACGCUACCUUUUCAAAUGUGAUCAACUGCCCACAUCAUCCCAGGAGACCCAGCUGGUAGCUUCACUCUAUGAUCGGAUGACGGAGCAGACCUAUCCCGAACCCAUCAACAGUUUUGCUGUAGCAACCCACCCCGAAGCGGUGUUCCACGUUGAUAUUCUUGGAGAAGGGAGAGCGGCUCUCGUCAAGGCCAACAACCAGCUUGGUCUGGCUUUUGAUUCCUGGGACCUGGAUUUCUACACCGCUCUCUUCCAAAAACUGGGCAGAAACCCCACCAGCGUAGAAUGCUUUGACCUUGCUCAGUCCAACAGUGAACACAGCCGGCAUUGGUUCUUCAAAGGGCGCCUCCUGGUGGACGGGAAGGAAAUGAAGGAAUCGCUCUUCGAGUCCAUCAUGAAAACUCAAGAACGGAGCAAUCCCAACAACGUCAUCAAAUUUUGCGACAACAGCAGUGCAAUCCAAGGCAAGGAAGUCCUCUCACUCUGGCCCAGCGACCCAUCCAAGGCCAGUCCCUUCGAGAAGCGGACCUCCACCCGACAUGUCAUCUUCACCGCUGAAACCCACAACUUUCCCACGGGCGUUGCUCCAUUCAGUGGUGCCACCACUGGGACCGGUGGGAGAAUCCGGGAUGUUCAGUGCACAGGUCGUGGGGCUCACGUAAUUGCUGGAACUGCCGGAUACAGCUUUGGCAAUUUACACAUUCCAGGAUAUACCUUACCUUGGGAAGAUGCAUCUUUCGUGUACCCUGAUAAUUUUGCACGGCCUGUGGAAAUAGCCAUUGGUGCCAGCGAUGGAGCUUCGGACUACGGCAACAAAUUUGGGGAACCUGUGCUGGCAGGGUUCGCACGCUCUUUCGGAAUGCGCCUGGGAGACGGUGAGCGGCAUGAGUGGAUCAAGCCCAUCAUGUUCAGUGCUGGCAUUGGAGCAAUCGAAGACACACAUGUGCGCAAGGAAACGCCUCAGCCCGGGAUGGAUGUGGUGAAGGUUGGAGGCCCCGUCUACCGAAUUGGUGUGGGAGGAGGAGCUGCGUCUUCCAUCCAGGUGCAAGGUGACAACGCCAGUGAGCUGGAUUUUGGGGCCGUGCAACGUGGUGAUGCCGAGAUGGAACAGAAGAUGAACCGGGUGCUUCGGGGUUGCGUGGAGAGUGGAGAGAACAACCCCAUCUGCAGUUUGCACGACCAGGGAGCCGGAGGCAACGGGAAUGUCUUGAAGGAGCUGAGCGAACCAGCAGGAGCUACUAUCUAUGCGAGCCGUUUCCAGCUGGGAGAUCCCACUUUGAGUGUUCUGGAAAUCUGGGGGGCCGAGUACCAAGAAUCGAACGCUCUCCUGCUUCAACCCCGCCGAGCUGAUUUUCUGCAACGCCUGGCUUCCCGCGAAAGAUGCCCCGUUGACUUCGUUGGCAAAAUUACGGGCGACGGAAAGAUUGUGCUAGUGGAUGACACAAAAUCUCCGGCAAGUACGGCAGAGGUGGAUAAAAGAGAUACAGGAGAAAGAGACACACCUGUUAAUUUGAACCUGGAAUGGGUCCUUGGGAAGAUGCCACGCAAGGAAUUUGUUUUGAACCGCAUAAACCGAGCCCUUCGCCCUCUGGAUCUUCCUAAGGCCCUGAGCGUGCUGGACGCCCUUCAACUGGUCCUGAAGCUCCCGGCAGUGGCUAGUAAACGUUACCUAACAAAUAAGGUUGAUCGUUCGGUGACAGGGCUGGUGGCCCAGCAACAGUGCGUCGGUCCCCUCCACACACCCCUGGCGGAUGUAGCCGUGGUGGCCCUUUCCCCCUUUGAAACGGUGGGAGGAGCCACUGCUCUUGGGGAGCAGCCAAUCAAAGGGCUUAUAAAUCCUUCAGCUGGCGCCCGAUUGGCCGUGGGAGAAGCCCUCACCAAUCUGGUCUUUGCGCGUGUCACCGAUCUGAAGGAUGUGAAGUGCAGCGGCAACUGGAUGUGGCCAGCCAAGCUCCCAGGCGAGGGGGCGGCCCUGGCCGAAGCCUGCAGCGCCAUGUGCUCCGUCAUGGGAGAGUUGGGCGUGGCGGUGGAUGGCGGGAAGGACUCGCUCAGCAUGGCAGCCCGGGUUGGCACGGAAACGGUCAAGGCACCUGGAACGCUGGUCAUCUCAGCUUAUGCUGUCUGUCCUGAUAUCACAGCCACCGUCACCCCUGACCUCAAAUGCCCUGAUGGGAAAGGGGCCUUGCUUCACGUGGCUGUGAGCCCUGACAAGCAUCGUCUCGGGGGUAGCGUCCUGGCCCAGUGCUUUUCCCAACUGGGAGACGUUUCGCCAGACCUGGAUGACCCUGCCACCCUUGUUUCAUGUUUCCAAGUUACUCAGGAUCUGUUAAGAGGUUCUCUUCUUUCCUCUGGGCAUGAUGUGAGCGACGGGGGUCUCCUGACUUGUUUGUUGGAGAUGGCCAUUGCUGGGAAUUGUGGUGCCCACAUCGAACUUGUGGCUCCAGGGGUCCAGGCUUUGGAUGUGCUUUUCGCGGAGGAACUCGGAUUGGUAUUGGAAGUGCCCCGGGCUGCGGCAGCUGAUGUCUGUGGCCGGUACCGGGAAGCGGGUGUGCGCUGUGUGCCUGUUGGCUACUCCGGUCCUCGUGGUCCAAAUGCCAUGGUCCAGGUCACUGUGAACGGACAGCAAGUGCUGGCGGAAAAAGUCUCAACCUUGAGGAGCUGGUGGGAGGCCACAAGCUUCCAGCUGGAAAAGCUGCAGGCCAAUCCAGAUUGUGUGGCUCAAGAAGAGACGGGCUUGGCCAAGCGGACAGAACCCAACUUCACCCUGACUUUUAACCCUCAGGAAGAACUUCCUCUCCUCCCCCCCCCCCCAGCCUUGCCUGUUCCCCGUGUGGCCGUCCUUCGCGAAGAAGGGAGCAAUGGAGAUCGUGAAAUGGUGGCCGCGUUUCUUAUGGCUGGAUUCCAGGUUUGGGACCUGACCAUGCAAGAUCUGUGCUCGGGCAAGAUGACCCUAGACUCCUUCCGUGGCUUGGUGUUUGUUGGAGGCUUCAGUUACGCAGAUGUUCUGGGCUCUGCCAAAGGCUGGGCAGCUUCGGUGACCUUUAACCCCAGAGCCCGGGCACAGUUCCAAGCGUUCCACCAGCGUAAAGACACGUUCAGCUUGGGUGUGUGCAAUGGCUGCCAGCUGAUGGCACUGCUGGGUUGGGUAGGAGCCGAGACCUCUGAAGCCAAAGACCUUGAUGAGUCCAUUGAACCCGGAUUGCUGCUGAGUCCCAAUAACUCUGGGCGGUUUGAAUCGCGUUUUGUGAAUUUGGGGAUUGAGGAAAGUCCAGCCCUGAUGCUGCGAGGCAUGGCAGGAUGUACUCUGGGCAUCUGGGUAGCCCACGGAGAAGGUCGGAUGCGGUUCCGCUCGUCUGAAGUCCUGGCUCGGACACGCUCCUCCCGGCUGGCCCCGCUGCGCUACGUGGACGACCAAGGGCUGCCCACGGAGGAGUACCCCCUCAACCCAAAUGGGUCCCCCCUUGGCAUUGCCGGGGUCUGCUCUCCUGACGGGCGCCACUUAGCCAUGAUGCCUCACCCGGAGCGAUGUGUGCUACCCUGGCAGUGGCCUUGGAUGCCGGCCUCCUGGCGCCAGUCUAUGAAAGUCUCGCCCUGGCUGCGCAUGUUCCAGAACGCCUGCGAGUGGUGCCUGCAUUAUCCAGAGGGACAGCCUUGAAUCCCGGUUCAUCCUGGUGGUUUCUUUGCUUGAAUGCUUCCAUUCCCAAUUCUGAGCCACCAAUUGCAAGUCACCAUUAGAUGAUCCCCAAGAUCUGGCCAGAAAGCCUAAAACACCGUUCUGUCUUUUCAGCCUGGGCUCCUUUCCCAAGAUCACCCUAAACCCGGUUACUGAACUUACCAGCAUCCAGACAUCAUAGUUAUGGACCGAACACAGAUAAACCAGGUUGACAUGAUGCAACAUGAAAUUGCUAUGUGUUCCUUUCCCAAAGUCACGCUAAACCCAGUUACUGAACUUACCAGCAUCCAGAAAUCAUAGUUAUGGACCGAACAGAGAUUAACCAGGUUGACAUGAUGCAACAUGAAAUUGCUAUGUGUUCCUUUCCCAAAGUCACGCUAAACCCGGUUAUUGAACUUAUCAGCAUCCAGAAAUCAUGGUUAUGGACCAAACACAGAUUAGCCAGGUUGACGUGCAAAACGAAAUUGCUAUGCGCUCCUUUCCUAAAGUCACCCUAAACCCAGUUACUGAACUUACCAGCAUCCAGACAUCAUAGUUAUGGACCAAACACAGAUUAACCAGGUCGACAUAGUGCAAAAUGAAAUUGCUAUGCGCUCCUUUCCUAAGAUCACCCUAAACCCAGUUACUGAACUUACCAGCAUCCAGACAUCAUAGAUAUGAACUGAACAGAGAUUAAACGAGGUUAACAUGGUGCAAAACAAAAUUGUUCUCUGCGUGGGACCAAUGCGUUUUCCAAAGUGCCAAUAAAU